AUGAAGAUUUCCACCUAUCUUAACGUUGCCUUGGCCGGCAGCGCUAGCGCCAAGUUCAUGGAGAACGAUCAGCUUGCUGCAGAAGGCAUGAUCAAGCUGGGGAUUCAUUUAGCUAAGAAUGGCAUUCCGAGCCCUGGGACUUGUACAUUGGAUAAAGUGUCGGUUCGCAGGGAGUGGGCAACACUAUCCCCCAAAGAGCGAAUUGCUUUCACCGACGCUGUCAACUGCCUCCACAAGCUCCCCGCAAAGACACCAGCUUCUGUCGCUCCAGGUGCAAAGAGCCGCUAUGACGAUCUAGUCGUCACCCAUAUUCAGCAGUCGCUUACCAUCCACGGCACUGGUAACUUCCUAACAUGGCACCGCUACUUCACCUGGGUCUUUGAACAAAUGAUCCGAGAAGAGUGUGACUACAAAGGCACUUUCCCAUACUACAACUGGGCACACUACGCCUCCGACCCAAAAAGCGGUCCCUUCUUCGACGGCAGCGCCUCGAGCAUGUCUGGCGACGGCUCUUACGUCCCCGGGCGAAACUAUUCUUGUUUUCCAUGGGACGGCAUAGCCGGGCCCUGCUACAUGCACCUCGCACCAGGUUCAGGCGGUGGAUGUGUGACAUCGGGUCCAUUCAAAGAUUUCAAAAUCAACAUGGGGCCUCUACAAACGAUGCUCCAGCUUCCAGGGGGCGGUCUACCAAAGAACCCGCAAGCCAACGGGCUAGGCUACAACCCGCGGUGUCUCCGCCGCGAUAUGUCACAACAAGCUGCGAAUGCGACGACCGACGCUGAAGUCGUCAGGCUCCUCAAGAAUUACACGGACAUUGCCAAGUUUCAGAGAGAGUACCAGGGCGCGUUUGCGGAGGGCCGCAUGGGCGUGCAUACUGGUGGUCAUUACACGAUUGGCGGAGAUGCAGGCUCGGAUUUCUACAAUAGUCCUGCUGAUCCAGCGUUUUAUCCUCACCACGGUAUGAUUGAUCGUGUGUGGUGGACGUGGCAGAAUCUCGAUCUUAAGAAUCGCGAGAGGGCUCUCGCUGGAAGUGCGGGUGGUAUUGGGGAUACAACGGCGAAGAAUGCUACACUGGGGGAUACGUUGACCAUGGGAGAAUAUGUGGGGUACCCGAAUAUUACGAUUGGGGACGCGAUGAGUACAGUUGGGGGGCCGUUUUGUUAUAUUUAUGCUUGA